CUAGUUCCAGGUGGUUGAAAACUUUGCCAGAUCGGGAAACGUGGAACGCGUGGAUCUCCGAUUUAUAAACACCGGCUUUUCUUCUCUGCCGCUCCUCAUCCUAUAUAUACUUCUCUCUGCACAAACACUACACUCUGUAUCCGUACUAACCACAAUGACCACUAUCAAAGAACAGUUCGUCCAGGCAGGCCAGAAACACCUCUUCCAGGCCUGGGACGCCUUAUCCACCGUCCAGCAAGCUUCUUUCGAGGAGCAGUUAUCCGCAAUCGCCAACCCUCAGGCGAUCAUUGCCACAGUGCAAGAGGCGAUCAAAUUCUCACAGGAAGGCGCCAAAUCAGAUGCCAGCGAUGACAACAGAUUCGACCAGUUACCGGCAUCAUCCUUCAAGUCGUUGAUCGACUCCAGCGCCGAACAAAAGGCGAUUUGGUUUGAUUUGGGAUUACAAGCGAUUUCUCGGGGUGAAGUUGGUGUUUUACUCAUGGCGGGUGGCCAGGGAACACGUUUGGGCUCCUCUAAGCCUAAGGGCUGCUUUAACAUCGAGUUGCCCUCCGGCAAGUCACUCUUCCAGAUCCAGGCCGAGAAGUUACUCAAGGUGACACAGUUGGCGAACGAAAAGUUCGGCACCACUGCCUCUAUCCCAUGGUACAUCAUGACCUCUGGCCCAACCAGAGCCGACUCCGAGCAGUUCUUCCAGGAGCACCAAUACUUCGGGAUCGAUCCAAAGUUGGUCACCUUCUUCAACCAGGGCACCUUACCUUGCUUCAAUACCGCCGGUGAUAAGAUUUUACCGUUGAGUGCUAGCUCUAUCAACGAGUCACCAGACGGAAACGGUGGCUUAUACAAGGGAAUCUACGAUCACAAGUUAUUGGAGGACUUUGCGGCCAGAAACUUGAAGCAUCUCCACAUGUAUUCUGUGGACAAUGUACUUGUGAAGAUUGCUGACCCAAUGUUUAUAGGAUUCUCCAUCGCCUCUGAGGUAGAGAUCGCCACCAAGGCGGUCAGAAAGAGAGAUGCUACCGAAUCUGUUGGGUUGAUUGUAGUGGACAAGUCGACCAACUCGCCAAAGGUGAUUGAGUACUCUGAGAUCAGCGCCGAGUUGGCGGGUCAGAGGGAUCCGUCUGACCCAGCGUUGUUGAAGUUGAGAGCCGCGAAUAUCGUGAACCACUACUACUCCGUCGCGCUUUUGACCGCCAAGAUCCCAGAGUGGAUCUCCUCCCAGAAGUAUCUCCCGUACCACAUCGCCUCCAAGAAAAUUCCAACAUACAACUUUGCCACCGGCGAGGUUGAGAAAUUUUCUUCGCCAAACGGGAUCAAGUUGGAGCAGUUCAUCUUUGACGUCUUCCCAUCCAUCGACAUCUCCAAGUUUGGGUGCUUGGAAGUGGCCAGAGAGGAGGAGUUUUCUCCCUUGAAAAACGGCUUGGAUGCCAAGUCUGAUAAUGCGCACACCUCCAGAGACGACUACUUGAAGUUGGGCUCCUCCUGGGUCAAGGCUGCCGGUGCCCAACUCGCUGCUGGCGCUCUUGUCGAGGUUUCUUCGUUGACCUCCUACGGUGGAGAGGGUUUGGACGCCCUCAAGGGCAAGAAACUCGACCAUUUACAACAAUUGUAACCAUUGCAUCUAGAUAGACUGAUAAACUUCAUAAAGUGAAAUUAUAGGCAAAAAUUAGUAGGUUUCUUGACCGGUAGCCAUAGCUUAGUGUCGCUAUUCUGCUGAAAGGAUAUGUCAGCUGGCACUAGCUUCGAUACAAAACUAU